CCGCUACCGCGGCGGCGCUGCCGAGCCUGGCCUCUACGUGGCGUUGUUGGGCCGCGUAUUCGACGUGGCCGCAGGGAGGGCCCACUAUGCGCGGGGCCGCGCCUACAGCAGCCUGGCAGGUGCGUGCUACCCCUGACGUUGCGCUCCCAGGUGGAGCGGGAGCAGGCCCAAACCUCCGUUAGGGGCCUGCUGUGUGCCCCCAGGUUGGAGAGAUCCCGUCCUAGUAGGGCCUCUAGCCAGGGGACGCCCCUCUGUGUCCUGGGCCAGAAAUCCAGACCGUCUCCUAUCCCAGCAUGCUCUUGGCCCCUGCGGGGAGCGAGGCGGGCUGGCCCUCCCGGGCCUCUUUCCAACUUGGCUUACAAACAAACGAAAAGAAAGGGCAGCCACGCCGAAUACAGUCGUUUGGGGCCCGACCGCGGGGUCUGGAGAAGAAGGCGGAACUCGGGAAGGGGCUGCCGGGUCUCGCUGCCCCCCCAUCCCGUGCUUCCUUGCGGCAAAGCCCGAGCGGUUUUGUUCUCCCGACCUCGGUUAGAAACAUGUGCCUGUCCUUCCGGCUGGCCCACAGCCCCUGCCUGGAGAAUGCAAUGAAUGUGCUGCCUGCCGCCUGGACCCAGAAAGCCUGGCCAGGAACCCUCUUCAGAGCCCGGCAGCCCGCAGGCAGGUGUUGUUAUUCCCCCCACGGCAAUGCCGUGUUGGAAAAGUAGGAGAAAUCGUCUUCAUCCCAACCCCCACCGAGAAGAGCCCAUAGAGCUGGAGCGGAUGAAGUCUCCUGGAAGGGGUGAUGUCGAAAACGGAGUGAUCUGAUCCAAGAGAGCUGCUUCACCGUUAUCCCCUGCAGUGACAGGCCGGCCCAGAUCCCCUGGCAGACCCACCUCGUGCCUUCUCGGAUCAGCCAGGAGGAAGCCCUGCGGACAGCCCACUAGCCAGGUGGCCUUGAUCGCCCUCUCAGCGUUCUGGAUUGCUUCAGGAUCUUCGUGGUCACAGAUAGUACCGGCCAUCCCGGACAGCCCUUGGGCCGCAGUCCAUGCUUUACUUCACCUCUGAAUGUCCCCACGUGGCUUCUCCGGUUCUUAGGGUUCCUUCCAGGUCGAGAUGCCUCUCGAGCCUUUGUGACAGGAGACUUCUCAGAGCAGGGGCUGAGCGAUGAUGUGUCGGACUUGUCCCCUCGGGAGAUGCUGGUCCUGCAGGACUGGCUCCUGUUCUAUGAGAAGAACUACCCCUGCAUAGGGAAGCUGAUUGGGAGGUUCUAUGAGGAGGACGGGGAGCCCACGCCUGCACUCGUCCUGGCCGAGGCCACCAUGGCCCAGGGAGUCGCGGCCAGGGAAGAGGAAAAGCAGCGGAGACGGCAGUUCCCAGCAUGUAACUCCGAGUGGAGCUCGGGCAGCCCAGGCCGGUUCUGGUGCUCCAGGCAGAGCGGAGGCGUGCCCAGGGACUGGACGGGGGUCCCCAGGAAGCUCUACCGGCCAGGCGAGAAGCAGCCGCGGUGCGUGUGUGUGAGGACCAGGGGCCCCCCCACGGGGCUGAUGGGGGCUGCCAGCCACAGCGACCGCGGGGAUCUGGACGACCCGAGUCUGCGGGAGUACCCGGGCUGCCCGCCACUGGCCAGCAGCUGCACUGUGAGAGGCUGAGGCCAGGGUGGAGGCCAACAGGAGCCGCCUCCUCCUUCCCGAGGGCUUCUGGGAGGAGGCAUCCAGGCAGAGGGAGGGAGCAGCCCCAAAGGAGGCCUCUGGAGCCUCCAGAGAACUGGGCUCCCAUCUUUGGCCAAGGUGGGGGCUCUGGGGGGGGCUGAACAGGGCGAAGGCCUGUGGGGCCCCCAUCCUCGAGUCAUAGCUUCAGUAGUAAAAGCCUCUGAGCUGAGUGCUGAGGAGGCUUAACCAGGACUGAAUAAGCGCGGCAGCUGGGCAGCCCAGUGGAUGGGAGGUCUUGGGUUCAAGUGUGGCUCUGACACUUCCUGGUGGGGUGACCCUGGGUGAGUCACUUACCGCCCCCCAAUGCCCAGCCCUCACUGCUCUCCCUCCUUGGGAUUGAUCCUGAGGCAGAAGGGAAGGGCCAGAAGAAAUAAAGCCUGCCAGAAGGUCACCUCCAGUCCCUUGGUUUGAGCAAUGGGGAAGGGCCACCGUCUUACACAGAGCUCCCUGGGCGCCUGCCUUGGGGGGUCUGGCCAUCCCCAGGCCCAGCAGUGACCCGCAGACAAGAUGGCCCAAGCCCUGGAAGCGUCUUGAGGAAAACAAAGGCUCCCACUGGCUUAUGGCCCUGGGCACCGGGAGGCCGGCCGAGCGUCCUGCCAAGGCUCUUUGGCUUGUCGCGGCCCCCCAGAAGCCCAGCCUGAGGGAGCAGUAGUGUGCUGGUGCCCCGGGGGAAGACGGGGGCACCCCUGGGGGCACAGGAGGCUGGGAAGGGCUGAAAAGCCACACAUGGGGUUCUGAAGGGAAUGGGAGGCCCCUGGAGUCGGGGGGGGGGGGCAGACCCCCGCCACAGCCCGGGUGUGAGGGGACCAGGGUCUGCCCCGAGAUGUGGCAGGCUGGAUUUCGGAGACGGACCGGGGCAGGCCCUAGACAGGGAGCACAAGGUGAUCCAGUCAGUGUCCUAGGCUAAGGAAGGGCAGCUGGGUGGCUCAGUGAAUGGAAGGCCAGGCCCAGAGAUGGGAGGCCCUGUGUUCAAAUCUGGCCUCACACUUCUAGCUGGGUGACCCUGGACAAGUCACUUAAUCCCCAUUGCCCAGCCCUCACUACUCUUCUGCCUUGGGACCAACACACAGUAUUGUGAGAUGGAAGGGAAGGGUUUGAAGGAGCCCCUCGAUGUGGUCAUUCAGGGCCCCUGCCCUGCGGAGGUGGGAAGCCAGACUAGAGGCAGCAGCUCUGCUUGGCCAACCAGAGGGAAAGCAGGGGGUGCCCAAUGGCUGGGGCUCCUGGGGCAAGCCCAGCAGCCUGGGUGGGAGCAGGACCCAAGGCGUGGAGUGGCUGAAGGCCACUCGAGGCAGCUGGAGAGAAGAAUUCAUCAAGGAAGCGGCCGAGGAGAAUCCUCUGGGCACCCCUCACAUGGCAGAGAAGUGGGGGCAGCCAGAGGUGGACACGUCUUGUGGAGAAAGAAGGGCCAUCCCUGCCCUCGAGGAGUUCCGUCUUUGGGGAAACCACCAGGAAGGAAGCUGGAAAACGGGCCUGGGGCUCCCCGGAGGAGCCUUGGCGUUCUGCUGCCCUCAGCCAGGCCGAUUUGCACCCAGCUGCCUGGGAGACGAUUGAUCAGUAACUAACGGGCUCGCUCUGAGAAACGCUGCCAGGGUGACUGGACCUUGGUCUUGCCCUUGGUCACACCUGGCACACGGGGCAGUGAUGGGGGGAAGAGCUUCAGUUCAGGCCGUGUGGAGCCUCGAAUGGAGGGGUGAGAGAGGCACUUGGAGAUGGGCUGCAUUAUCAAUCCCUGGGAGCCAAUGAGGUCCCCAAGGGAGGAAGGACAGCCCUGAGGGACACCAGGCUAGAGCUGGUGGCCGCUCAGUGGGCUCUUCAGGACCCCAUUUGGGGUUUUCUUGGCAAAGAUAUUGGCGUGCUUGGCCAUUUCCUUCUCCAGGCUGUUUUACAGAUGAGGAAACUGAGCCAAAUAGGAUUGAAUGACUUGCCCAGGAUCACCCAGCUCAGAAGUUCAAACCCUAGCGCUAGGCCUGGUGCUCUAUCCCUGGAGCCAACUAGUUGCCUCCAAAGUAUUAGCAGAGAGAGGGAAAUAGGAGAAGCCGGGGGCAAUGAUGGGGCUCUCACCUGGGUUCAUAGUGAUUCCUCGUCCCCCAAUUCUCUACCAGUCAAGAAGCAAACGGUGGUCUUCACCUGGCAUGUGCCAGGCACUAGCUGGGGGAGGCGUUGCAAAGCAUCAAGGAGCUUACCUUCUAUGGGGCUGCAGGCUCCAGAAACCCCAGGAGAGAGCACCAGACUCGGGGAAUUCCCACUGCCACGGACAGACUCGGGCAGCUGAAUCUCCAAACAAGCCCCAGACCAGAGAUGAAGACGGGAAGACGUGGCGUUCCUGGAAGCUGCCAUUGCAAAGAGAGGGAAGUGGGGGAUGGGGUCAGGGCAUGGAGGGAGCAACAAUACGAUGGGUCUCGGAUCCAGUCCAUGGCAAAAAGAGGUGAAUUGAAGAAGGGAAGGGGUUGGGGGUCAGGUUAUGGAGGGCAUCGAAGGCCAAACCAGGAGCUUAUCGUCCAUGGGAAGCCACUGGAAUACAGUGGGGGGAGGGGGGGGCAUAGUCAGUUUGGGAAAUCACUUUGGUGGCUGGCCAGUGGGGAGAAACUUUGGGCAACAGUCCAGGUAUGAGGGGAUGAGGGUCUAUCAGAGAGGAGGCAGGGUCACAGGAGAAAAGGGGCAGAAACAAGAUUUGGCAAGUACUUGGAUAUGUGGGAUGUGUGAGAGUGAGGAGCUGAGGAUGGUGCUGAGAUUCCAACCUUGGGAGCCCAGGAGGAUGCUGGGAACCUUGAUGGAGACAGAAGUUUAAAGGGGAAAGCAAUGAGUUCAUCUGAGGUACCACCUCACACCAUCACACUGACAAAGGAAAAUGCCACGCUCUGGAAGAUCUGCUGAAUACACUCUUGGGGGUGCUGUGAACUGCUCAAGCCAUUUUAGAGAGCAAUUUGAAGCUGCCCCCAAAACCUACUGAACACUACCCCAGCAAUACCACUCCAGACACAGUGUAGACCACAAGAUCCAAGAAAAAUCCCCCUGGGCAUAGAAAUGCCAACAGCAACUCUUUGGUGGCCAAGAAUUAGUCAUUGAGGGGAUGCCCAUCCAUCAGGGGAGAGCUGAACAUGUUGGGGGUCUAUGAUUGUGACGGAACACUAUUGGGCUGUCAGAAAAACUUGAGAAGCCUCAGGUGAACUGAUAUGGAGUGAAGUGAGCAGAACCAGGAGCACAAUUUCUGCAAUAAUCAUCUUGUAAGGACAUCUGAAAGGCAUGUCAUAGCCAACCAAAAUUCAGGAGGGCUCAAAUGAAACAUUAUCCCCCUCCUUCCUCCUCCUCCACAGAGAGGAAAGAUACACAGUGGAGACUGAGACAUUUGGAUCACAGCCAGGGUUCAGCUAUAUGCAUCUGUGAUCGUUUUCCUUUUUCUUGCUUUCUCCACUAUGGGGCAGGGGAUAGAAGGUGAAAGGAAGAGAAUGUGGAGCUUGAAAAAAUAAAAUUGGACUUAAAGAGUCCCAUUGAUUGGGGAAUGACUGAACAAACUGUGAUAUCUGAUGUUGAUGGAAUACUAUUUUGCUCAAAGGAAUGAUGAACUGGAGGGAUUCCAUGUGAACUGGGACGACCUCCAGGAAGUGAUGCAGAGUGAGAGGAGCAGAACCAGGAGAACAUUGUACAUAGAGACAGAUACAUUGUAGCACAAUCAAAUGUAACUGACUUUGUAACUAGCUUAAGUAAUGCAAUGACCCAGGACAAUUCUGAGGGAUUUAGGAGAAAGAACACUCACUAUCCAUAUCCAGAGGAAGAACUGUGGAAGCAGAAACACAGAAGAAAAACAACUGCUUGAUUACACGGGUUGAUGGGGAUAGGAUUGGGGAUGUGGACUCAAUGAUAACUCUAGUGCAAAUAUCAAUAAUAUGUAAAUAGAUCUUGAUCAAGGACACAUGUAAAACCCAGUGGAAUUGCUUGUGACUGUGGGGAGGGAAAGAAUAUGAUUCUUGUAACCAGGUAAUAAUGUUCUAAAUUGACUAAUUUAAUAUUUAAAAAAUAUAUUAAAUGGCAACUUCCCAUUAAAUGGGGAACUUGGCUGAGAGGGUCAAGAUCCCAAGGGCCACUACUGGCUUUCAGAGGGGAGACAGUCCAAGAUGAAUUCAGAAGCUUCACCGGGACAUCCAGUAUCAUUUGUGGGACAGAAAGAGUGCAAUCUUGUUGCUUCAGUUCUAUAAAGGGAAACUGAGGCACAGAGGAGCUACACAAAGUGCCUGGAGUGGGGUCUGAGCCAACACACCAUCUCCUGACCCUGACAUCUGGCACUCUGUGCUUGAGCUUGCUGGGCAGACUGCAGAGAAACGUUGGGCCAGUGCUGACUGAAUAUGUUCCAUGGCAUGCAAGGUGACAAGGGUGGGGUCAGGAAGACAAAGGCAGGAGGCCCAGCACAAGACUCCUGGGCCGGGAGGAGGAGGGGCCGCUUCAGGAGUGAUGGAAGGGGGGGACCUUUAGCAGAGGCUGCUGACUGCCCCAAUUGAUGUGGACAAUAUUGCCAGGUGUAUUUCAUAAAAUCCAAGAUUUAAAUUUUGUUAGAGAUAAAGAUCUUCAGAGAAGAAGCCUGCUAACUAACUGAAUCCAGAGAAUGAACUGUUUGCAGAAAGAUAUCUAAACCUUUUCACUACAGGAAGAUCCAGAAUGAACCUUGGGGUGUGGUUGAUUGAACAUUUUUGAAUGUACACUCUUAUGCCAAAGGGGACUGCCCCCUAAUUGGCUUUUGUCAAUGUGUCCAGCAAAACAUUGGUUUGCUGUCUUUCUCCUCUAUUUCCCCAUGUCUACAACUAUUAUAGUUUUCCUCUUAGUGGGUAAAAAUUUUGUAUACACUCAGAAUUUUUUUGGGUGCAGUAUGCUUAUGUUUAGUGAUCAAUUGGGGAGACUAGUCCCCCAAUCAUCAUCAGGGGGGAUUGUGAAUUUUAAAAUCUCCAUCUUGCUUGGUCUAGCACCAAAGAAUGUGCACACCCACACUACACGGGCAUGUGCUAGUUAAUGACAAAUCAGAACUAACUAACUGCCCACCUGGGCUGUCCUAAGCCAAGCUAGAGCCAACCAUUGGAUUUUGUGAGACACAGGAAGUGAGGUAGGGAACAGCCUCUGGAAUUCGCUCACUUCCUGUGGAGAGAGCUAGAUGCGAGUUGGUGUUAGGAGCUUGGACAGAGAGGACGCCCGCAGACAGCUUCCCUUCAGAUCAGUCACGUGAGUUAAGGACUGAUUCUUUCCACCUGGGCCUUUGGGCCUAAUCUCCCUCUGCCUUGGUCAGAGGUUGAGUAGCCCCUUUCCCUUUUCUCCUCUCUCCUUCUCUCCCUCUCCCUUCUCUUACUCCCAUUGUGAUUAAACCUCCAUAAACUUGA